AACGCUCCUCAUAAAAAAAGAGACCAUGUAUUGCCUACAGUGGCUACUUCCUGUGCUGCUCAUCCCCAAGCCGCUGAACCCAGCGCUGUGGUUCAACCACUCCAUGUUCAUGGGCUUCUACCUGCUCAGCUUUUUGCUAGAGAGGAAGCCCUGCACCAUCUGUGCCUUGGUCUUCCUGGCUGCCCUCUUCCUCAUCUGCUACAGCUGUUGGGGCAACUGCUUCCUCUACCACUGCCAGGACACCACACUGCCGGACGCUGCCCACGACCCAGCGAUUGUCGGGACCUAGGAGAGAAAAAAGGGUGGGGGGGAGGGAGCGCGCGCAAUAUCGGAAAGGGGAAUGGGGGGUGCAAAGGGUGAUGAGUCAUUGCUGGAGAAUGAUUUUUCCAUGCUGUAAGACAGAACAGGCUACACUUUGGGGUGGGAGAGCAGUGUAGAAGCCGUGUUGAAGGACUGCUGGAGGGGAAUACCGCAAAAAAAGAGAGCGCUCGGCCAAAAGCGGUAUUGAGGAGGCAAAGAGCCAGUUUUGGAGGAUUAUGGGGGCUGUUGUGCCACGCUGUAAAGAAAGACAGACUUGAAUUUGAGGGUGUAGGAGGAGAGGAGGGAGAAGCGAUGUCGGAGGAGACACUAUGUAAACUUUUAUGUAACAGGAAGGGAAGUCGGAGCGUCCAAACUUGUAAUGCUAUGUGAUGGACGUGUGUGAACUUGAGAAGAAUUUCACUUUCUGCAUCUUUUCAUUCCAGCAUUUGAAUGAAAUUUAGACCCGUAUAUCCACCACACGUGACGUCAACCUAAAGUGACCGCUGUGUUUCAGUAUUCUGCUUCCUUUUUAACCUCUGGCUUGUUUACUUCCAACAUUUCUCCAGAGAGAUGUCCUUUUCUCCUUCUCCUGCUGGGUCAUCUCUUUUUAGAAUGAAAAUACACUCCACCUCAAACUGCCAAACUUCACGCAACCCUAACGUCGGGCGUCUCACAGGCAGACAUGCUUGCUUUACAGUCACAUACCUGUUUGUUGUCGACAGACUUUAUGAGCCAGGUGGAGUUAAAGAACAGUUGGCAUGUUUGUCCCGACGCUCUAGAGGAAAAACAGGGCAACACGCCUUUCGCAGUUCAACCUGUCGCCACUCUGGCUCUGCACACGUAACGCUCUCCUCCACAAGGAGAGCACACAGACACGGGACAAUCCAUAUGUAUGCUGUGAAUAUUUUCUCCUCUUGGCGCAUCACCACAAACACCUCCGAAGGUGCGAUAAAGCUGACAAACUGUCCCCUCUCCUUGUCUUCCUCGUCUCCUCGUCCUCCUCACUUCACGAUCUGAACCUUUGUUUUCUUUGUUUUUUUUCUAGUGCAUGGAUUGCCGUUAAAUUCUUUCAAGCAUUAUGUUGACACACAUUUUAAUGAAUUAAAAACAAAAUGCUGAAACUUUCCAAAGGGUAGAAUAAUCUGGACGUGUGUGUAGGAUGUAUGAAAGAAGAUUUGCGAUAUGUGUUUUUCUUUUUGUGGUCGUGACAUGCUGAUGAGCGUAAAGAAGUGGCGAUACACAAGGUGACGACAGAUGUUCUGUAUCGAUAAGUAAUGCAGAGUGAUUCUCACUCACAAGUUAUAAUUAGGUCAUCAAAAGGGCAGCGCUCUUAGUCAGAACGUUUCCUUGUGUAUCUCCGCUGUGAGUGUUAUGUUUAGCUGUCAGACACAGGCGUGUGUGUGUGUGUGUGAGUGUGUGUGUGUGUCCUGUCGCAGUGCUGAACAUGCUCACUGCUACAUUAUUGCUUUGAUUUUAAUUUAAAUAAAGUUUUUUUUUCCUCUCAA